AUGGCUGCAGCUCCCAAGCGUCUCAAUCCUCAAGCUCCUGAAUACAUGCCCUUAUUCAACGCCUCGUCCAUCACUGCUCACUUAAAUAAUCUUUCGUUAAUACACGGACCAAGCUCCUCCCCCAUACCACCGCCGCCUGCCUUCCCAACUUCCUGCAUACCUUUUCUUCAUCCAAAUCAGCCAGCUUUCCAUCUUCCGCCUUACAUCCACAAUGAACCCUUUUACACUGACUCCUUUUUUCUACACCAAUCUAGUUACUUCCCUCUUCCUCCACCACCACCACAGGAUGAUGCUGAUAUAGAUGUCUCACCAAUUUCACCACCGGCGGCGUCUUCUCCUCUUGCAACAAGUGAGCCAGUAAGAAGGGGUCCAAGAGUUAUCACUCAUAAACAGUAUUAUGAGCCAAAGUUUUCCAGGGCGAGAGCUGGAAGAGGUGGCUCUUGGCUAAAUGGUAGGGGAAGAGGAGGAGGGUCUCGAAGAAGAGGAAGCUCUAGGGAAUGGCUGAGAAGAAGAGGGUCUAGUCCUUCUAUGCUUGAAGAAAGGAGAGGCUACCAGAGCAGGAUUUAUGUAGAGAAGCAUGGCACCUUACCACUUAGAAGCUAUGAAAAGAAAACUACUGUCAUGAUCAAGAAUAUACCUAAUGAAUACACUUGGAUUGUCUACCUCGUACAUCUAAUAGCUUCGGCAACUGAAAUCUGUAGUCGGUGGAUGCUUGUGGAGUUCAUGGACAAGCAUUGCAUGCUGGAGAAUAGAAAGACUGAGCAGGGGAUUACGUCUAUAGAAGCUGGACAAGAACCUCUUUCAGCUUAUGAUUUCCUGUACUUGCCCAUUGAUUUCGGAACUGGAAAGAACAAAGGCUAUGCAUUUGUGAACUUCACUGAACCACAAGCUGUAUGGAAAUUUUUCAAAGAAUGUGACUCUACAAAAUGGGAUUUCAAGGAUUCUCCCAAGACCAGAAAAAUUGUCUGUGCAAGUAUCCAGUUGUGGUGCCCUGCUGACAAUGCAAACUCGUUGUCUGGUGCUUACUGCUUAGACCUUACAUCCGUUUUGCUAGUUGGAGUGGUCGUCGCAGUCUUCAAAAAGACUUGA